AUGGGCUGGUGCAGGGAAAUCCCGGCUGCGGCGUGGCAGCGGCUAGUGGACGGGGCGAAGUGGCCGAAGCUCACGAAGGUGAACUUCGAAGAGUGCUUCGGCAGCGAGUGCAAAGGCAUCGAGGCUGCGGCCGGGCUCCUCGCCUUCCUCGGCCGCUGCCCCGAGCUGAAGGAGCUCGGCUUGAGCGGUUGCAGCGAAAUCCGGGCUGCGGCGUGGCAGCAGCUGGAGGGUGCCAAGUGGCCGAAGCUCACGAAGGUGAGCUUCGACAAGUGCUUCGGCAGCGAGUCCAAAGGCAUCGAGGCUGCGGCCGGGCUCCUCGCCUUCCUCGGCCGCUGCCCCGAGCUGAAGGAGCUCCAAAUGCGCGACUGCAGUGAAAUCCCGGCUGCGGCGUGGCAGCAGCUGGAGGGUGCCAAGUGGCCGAAGCUCACGAAGGUGAGCUUCGCUUGGUGCUUCGGCAGCGAGUCCAAAGGCAUCGAGGCUGCGGCUGGGCUCCUCGCCUUCCUCGGCCGCUGCCCCGAGCUGAAGGAGCUCGACAUGCGCUACUGCAGCGAAAUCCCGGCUGUGGCGUGGCAGCGGCUGGAGGGUGCCAAGUGGCCGAAGCUCACGAAGGUGAGCUUCGCUGGGUGCUUCGGCAGCGAGUCCAAAGGCAUCGAGGCUGCGGCUGGGCUUCUCGCCUUCCUCGGCUGCUGCCCCGAGCUGAAGGACCUCUCCAUGCGCGCCUGCGGUGAAAUCCCGGCUGCGGCGUGGCAGCGGCUCGUGGACGAUGCGAAGUGGCCGAAGCUCGCGAAGGUGAACUUGAAUGAGUGCUUCGGCAGCGGGUCCAAAGGCAUCGAGGCUGCGGCCGGGCUCCUCGCCUUCCUCGGCCGCUGCCCCGAGCUGGAGGAACUGCGCAUGGAGAGCUGCGACCAAAUCCCGGCAGCGGCGUGGCAGCAGCUCGAGACCGCCACGUGGCAGAAGCUCACGAGGGUGGACUUCGACGGGUGCUUCGGCGAAGAUUCUAAGGGCGCCGAUGGUGCGGCCGGGCUCCUCACGGCCCUGGCCCGCUGCCCUGAGUUGAAGGACGGCUAUAUCACCGGCUUAUGA